AUGGUAUCGUUAACCAUGUUUGAGCAUAAAGAUUUAUCAGUCAAAAUCCAAGAAGCAGGAAACAAGCUUGUUGUGAUUGAUUUUUAUGCUGUUUGGUGCGGUCCAUGCAAACAAAUCGCGCCGAAAAUAGAGGAAUUGGAAUUGCAAUACACGAACGUGGUUUUUCUCAAAGUCGACAUUGACGAAAAUGAGGAAAUAGCAGCCGAUUACGACAUAUCCGCCAUGCCCACGUUUGUAUUCAUUAAAAAUGGAAACAAACUCGAUUCUUUCACCGGUGCAAACAUAACAAAACUCCAAUCGACAGUCGACAAAUAUUUAUAA